UGCUCUCGGAGCGGUCGAGCGGAGACUGCUUUCAGCUUUUUUCUGCUGACUGUUAAAAUCUCCUGUAGAGAGCUGCAACAAUGCCCAAAAGAAAGGCUGCAGGUCGAGGUGAUAUGAGGCAGGAGCCAAAGAGAAGAUCAGCCAGACUGUCUGCUAUUCCUGUGCCCAUUAUAUCAGAGUUGAAGCCAAAAAGAACAUCAACUCCAAGGAAAAUGAAAAAAGAUGAUAUGAUGGGAAAUAACGCAGAUACAAGUACCCAAACAAUAGCUGAAACCAAGCAAGAAGUUAUUAAAGAAGAAUACAAGGAAAAUGCUGAAAAUGGAGAAGGCAAAAUUAUAGAGGCACCAGCUCCUGAAAAAGAACCUGAGGAAGUAAAAGAAAAAAAAAUGGAAGAUGUUGAAAAAGAAGGAUUAGAAAAGAAAGAAGCAGUGCCAUCAGGAGAAAAGAAAAAUGAAAAAGAAGAUCAGGAAGGAAAUGGAAAAGACCAAAACAAGGAAGAAGAGAAAAGAGAAGAUGGAAAAGAGGAUGAAGAUGGAAAAGUGGAAGAAGACCAAAAAGAAAAAGGAGAUGAAAAAGCAGGUGAAGAUGGAAAAGAGAAAGAAAAUGGCAAAGAGGAAGAAGAUGUAAAAGAGGGUAAAAAUGGAAAGGGGAAAGUAGAAGAAGGCAAAGAAUGUGAAAAUGAAAAAGAUAAAGGUGAAGAUGAAAAACAAGAAGACAGAAACGAGGAAGGAGAUAAAAAAGAUGAUGAAGAUGAGAAAGGUGAUGAAGAUGGAAUAGAGGAUGAAGAUGGAAAACAGGGUGAAGAUGGGAAUGAUGAUGAAGGUGGAAAUGAGGAGAAAGAUGGAAAAGAGAAAGGAGAAGCUGAAAAAGAGGAUGGAGGAAAAGAAGGGGAAAAUGGAAAAGGAAAUGGGAAAGAUGGAAAGGAAAAAGAAAAUAAGGCUGAAGUUGAAAAAGAAGUAGCUGAAAAAGAAGAUGUCAAAAAAGAAGCAUCUCAGAGUAUUGUUUAAAGCUGCCCUAUGUAGUUUCAUAAUUUGGUAAUAUGUACCUUCAUGUUGUAAUGUUAAUAGAGAUAAAUAUUUUUAUCAAAUAUUUUAUAAAUGUGGUUUUUCUUUAGCAUUAACUGAAUUUCAGAAUAUAUUCAUACUGAUCAUUAGCCACAAAUUUCUUAACAUGAAAACUUUAUAAAUCUUGUGAUUAUAAUAGGGGAAUAUAUAGAAAAAACAUGCUUGAAACUUUGUCAGUAAAUUUCCUUUUGGGUAAGUUAUAUGUUAAAUCUUUGAAUUUUACUUCUGUAUGUGAUAAUUUCAUAAAAUGGAGAGAUCUCAAAAGAAAAAUGGUAUGUGGUUCUCUAAGUUGCUUUUAUGAAGAAGGUGAACUAUUUUCAUGUAAUGCUGCGGAGUUAGAAUUAUCUUUUCCCAAUGUGACUUUAGUUUUAGUUUGGGGAAAAAAUAAAAUUGUAAUUUCAUUUUAAAAGAAAUGAAAAUGUUUCUUUCAGAAGGGCAGUUCUGAUUAUAUGUGUAUACACAAAUAUUU